AUCAUGGUGAACACCAGCAUGCAGCUGAUCAGCUUCACCUGCGCGGUGACCGGCUGGAUCAUGGCGAUCGCCGUCACGGCGCUGCCCCAGUGGAAGGUCUCGGCCUUCAUCGGCAGCAACAUCCUGACCUCGGAGAUCAAGUGGGAGGGCAUCUGGAUGAACUGCAUCUACCAGACCACGGGCCACAUGCAGUGCAAGACGUACGACUCCAUGCUGGCGCUGCCGCCGGACAUCCAGGCGGCGCGCGCCCUCAUGUGCGUGGCCAUCUUCAUGGGCUGGCUCUCGUGCACCGUGUCCUGCUGCGGCAUGAAGUGCACCACCUGCGCCGGCGACGACCGCCGCGCCAAGGCCGGCAUCGCGCUCUCCGGCGGAGUCCUCUUCAUCCUCACGGGCCUGUGCGUGCUCAUCCCCGUCUCCUGGACCGCCAACACCGUCGUGCAGGACUUCUACAACCCCCAAGUGCCGCUGAUGCACAAGCGCGAGCUGGGCCAGGCCAUCUACCUGGGCUGGGCGUCCGGCGUCAUCCUCAUGAUCAGCGGCGCCGUGUUGAGCAGCACCUGCCCCCUCAUGGAGAGGAGGAGCGGCCGGUACCGCCGCGGCCACGUCGGCCGGAGCUUCGCCAACACGCCCGCUUCGGCCCCGGAUCCCCCGAAGCCCAUCACGUCGAAUAGCGUUCCGCUGAAGGAGUACGUGUAGGACGAGGGCGCCGGUGGAGAGAGGACGAGUUAAAGAGCUGAUGCUGUUUGAAAAACUCUAACAUUUUAAGUCUGUGAAUUUUAAGCUUUAAAAUGAAAUAUUUAUGAAUAUAUCCAUCCUUUAUUUUAUUUAUAUAGAUAUAUGUAAACAUAUAUAUAUAUAUAAAUAUUUAUAUAAAUAUUUAUAUAUAGAUAUAUGUAAACAUAUAUAUAUAAAUAUUUAUAUAUAAAUAUAUAUAUUUAUAUAAAUAUUUAUAUACAUCUUUGUAACGUUAAAAUGUGUGUCUGCUGCACUGUGACUCACAGUAGCGCCUGAAAAAAGCCCGUUGCCCUCAUCGUGGGAUGGAGUUUGACCGACGUGGUUUUAAUGAUGGCUUGUGUUGUGGAGGUUGCCGUGGUUUCAUCAACCGUUGUUCGCUGACAGACGUCCCCCCCCCCCCCCCCCAGUCUGUCACAAAGCCUUGACGUGAUUGUGUGUGAAAUAA